AUGGACGCACAGCCAGCCCCCAUCACUUUGCAAAAUCCUACUAUCCACAGCUUGUUCGAAGCAAGAACCGGGACAUGGCAGUAUGUGGUUGCCGACCCGUCAACAUUACAAGCUGUUAUUAUCGAUUCAGUACUGGACUACGACUCAGCCACGCAAAGCAUAAGCACCCAGACUGCCGACGCCGUACUCUACCUCAUCUCAGAGAUGGGUUACAAGAUCGACAAGAUCCUGGAGACGCAUGCGCACGCAGACCACCUAACAGCUGCAUCCUAUCUUCAGCAGCAGAUUGCAAAACAGCAGGGUAACAAACCGUCAAUAUGCAUUGGAAAGCGUAUUAGGCAAGUCCAGGAGUUGUUUGGGAAAAGAUAUGGGAUCCCGGCCGAGGAGUACGAUGGCGUUUUUGAUGAGUUGUUUGAUGAUAAUUAUGUGUUCUCGCUAGGCGCACUAGAUGUUACUGUACUCCAUCUCCCUGGGCAUACACCUGAUCAUGUCGGCUACAAGAUUGGAGACAACGUUUUCUGCGGCGAUUCCCUCUUUCAUACAGACAUUGGCACCGCCAGGUGCGACUUUCCGGGUGGUAGUGCCAUAAGCCUGUACGAGUCGGCGCAUAAACUUUUCGAGCUGCCUGAGCAUACCAAGAUCUGGACCGGCCACGACUACCCGUCGGGUGACAGAAGUGCACCAGUGCCGUACUUGACUGUGCGGGACCACAAGGAGCGAAACAAGCAUGUAUCUCAGAAUGUGACGAUGGAUGAGUUCGUUUCGCGACGGAGAGAAAGGGAUGCGACUUUGGCCGAGCCCAAAUUGUUGAAUCCUUCCUUGCAAAUCAACAUCCGCGCAGGACGGCUUCCAUGGCCGACGCCGCUGGGCCACAGAUUCGUUCAUCUGCCAUUGAAGGUAACAAGUUCGAAGUGGUGA